GAGAUUCAAGCAGAUCGGGCCUAGAUCUUGGAUGGAAUGAGGCUGAAGGGAUGGGUGCUGUCCGCGAAAGAUCUGGAGGGGAGCAGACUCCUUCGGAGAAGAAGAGCGAGCGACAAAGGAUGGUGCGAUAGGAGGUGGCGGAAGGAACCCUCCGCAUGAAAAGGAUGAGAGGAAAACUGGAGGCGUUGAUGGGCGGGGAUGGAGGUGGCGACGGAGAACGUGCCUCGGGAAAGAAGCCGGAGAAGGAAGAGGGUGGGACGACAAGUAAGAAAGCGAGGAGGCCCGGCGGUUUGACCAUUCGCAUAGGACAAGCCACGGGUGGAGGAGAUUUGGUUGAUCCAGGCACUGCGGCCGCGAGAGAACCUUCGGGGAAAUCGAAACGGAAAGUGGCAUUUGAAGAAGGCGAUGGCCAAAAGAAACCUCGAAGGCGGAAGACUGCUGAGGCCACGAGCGGUGGCGAAGGGCAUGUAGGUCAGGAGUGCGACGAAGCGGCAACGUUCUGGCUCGAAUACGAGCGGAACGAUGUCGGUGAAAUCGUGGAGAAGGAGCUCCCCGUUCAACAGCUUAUCGACCCCCGGAAGGUCUGCGACAUCCCGCCUUGGGAAAGAUAUUACAAGCACCGCAGUCUAAGUCGCGAAACAAUGGACGACAUCAAGGAUGCGAUGCUGAGUCAAUUCCACGAAAAGAAGAUCUGGACGAAAAACCCUCUCGUUUUGGCACCCAUCUACAAGCCGGUGACGCGUAGGCCGGAGCAAGCUGACAGGGUUCACAAAGAUGUCUUUAAGCAAGAGGACAAGGACAAGUACUACUAUUACCCUGUUAACGGACAACACACCGUGGCUGCUAUGAAGGAGUUGGAGGGUGAGCAGAUAUUCGGUUUGUGGAAGAUGCACUCGUGGCCAGCGAGAGUAGUGUGGUUCUCCGACCAAGAUUUCGCGGGGUAUAGGCAGUGGAUGCCGGUCGCGACAGCCGGUGAUGAUGUUUUUCGCAAAGCCAUGGAGUUCUACGCGAAAUGGGCGGAGGGGAAGUUGUUGGGCGGCGACGGCAAGACGCCAUUGUCGAGGCCGGGCAAAUACAUGCCAGACAAAUCUCCGGGUCUACAAGCAAUUCCGGAAAUGGGCUUGAAAGGGGCGGCUUGUGAAACGAAGAUGGGGUGGCUGGUCCGGGUCCCCCCGCCUCCGACCAAAAAGAAAAUGCAAGCGGGCGAUAAAUUUUUCGUGGUCGUGAAGGAGCCAGACAUGUUCUGUUGGCAGUCUCUUGCCGACAUGACCGAUGUCGAGAAACCGUCGAUUCUCGACGACAUUCUCGCACUACGGGGAGUGUUCGUGCAAUCCGCGGGCGGCCAUCUGAAGCGUCAGCAUAAACCUAGAAUUAAAGACAUGGCCGCGACGAGGAAAGUGGACCGUGUGAUGCUCCGUAUGUUCCACUACAUCUUGUUCCUUGAAACGGAGGAGGACGAACGUGUUUGGCGCCACUGGAGCCCAUUUUUUUCGGACCGAGGGGAAGCUUCUAGAGGAGUUCGGGCCACAGGGCCUCACGAAACAGGUGUGGGUCGAAAUGCGAAAGCAUUUCGAGGGCGCGGUGGAGUACGUGAACACUUGCAAACGUAGUCUUCCGCACGAGAAGGAGUCCAUCGACAACGCGAAGAGAUUGUAUGAUGAUGACAGGUUCCCUAAAUCUUUCGAAAAG